UUGUGUUACCGCAUUGGUGUUACACGCGACAGUCGGGGGAUGUAUUGCGUUGUUGUUCAUCUGUAUCGUAGCCGCUUACACUGCAGGCCUCGUACGCAAUAACUGUGGUUGAAAGGAAUACUGCUGCUAUUUCAUUGGUUCCCUUUUGCAAGCCGGAUCUGUUGUGCUUCGGCCGGUGACCGAAGAAAGAGUGCUUUGUGCCAUUCUAAACCUCAUGUUCAUUUGGGUGCUCCGUCACUAACCGGGAUUUCCCGUAUUGACCGCUUACCUGCUUAACUAGUACUCUGAAAGGCGACUGGAUGGCUACCGUUUCACUGACUCCUCGAUUCAAAUGCAUAAAAUAUUCCUUGUUUAUCUUCUGCAUCUUUUCAUGGAUACUCGGACUUAUCACUUUGAUCACUGGUAUAGUGGUUCGCGUUACAGGCAGCUUCGGACCACUUGAUGCGCAAAUACCGGCAGUGCAUUCAGGAGCAAACAUUCUCAUUGCCGUCGGACUUUUCAUCAUCCUAAUGGGUCUCCUUGGUUCUUGUGGAGCAAUACGUGAAAAUCAGUGCUUACUUAUCGGGUUCUUCUUGAGUGUGUUCUUCUGCUUCACACUUCUAAUGGCAGCUGGAUUGUGGGCGGUAGCGUGGUCAUCCAAGGUUGGAGAUUAUAUGUACCGCUGUCUGGAGAAGCUCAUCGUCGGCUACGACGAGGGGGACAAGACGAACGAAAGCACGCAGCUUCUGGACUUCAUUCAACAGAAGCUUAGCUGCUGCGGAGCUAAUUCCGCUGCGGAUUACGGCCGUAAACCUGUCCCCAAAAGUUGUGGAUCCGCUGUUGCACUGCAUUCAAAAAUUCGAGGUUGCUAUGAAGCAAUGGUUGAAACUUGCAAUGCCAACCUUUCCCUCAUCUGUGGAAUUGGUAUAACCUUCGGUUUGCUCAUGACACCUUAUCGAAGUUUCCUGGACGAAUUACUGCUGCUUAUUUUACGACUUAUCGAGCCUUUUCAACCAGCCGGAUUAUCACUAACCUGUAUUUGA